UUUAAGCUUUUUAUUUUCUUUCCAUUUAGCAUUUAAAGCUGAACAAAAGAGUGCAACCCAUUUAUGCCCCCAUUCUGCUGCAAACCAAAGUGGUUGCAGGCAGCUGAGCCAGCAAGUACUUUCUCAGUAUUGGCUGUACAUGGUGUCAGUAAUUCCAGCAGCAUCCCCUGGAAAAGACUGGUGCAAGCAGCAUAGAGGUGAUUUCUCCAAAUCCUGGGGCCAAAGCCAAAUCCUACAAGGGGAUUUUGCAGGUUUGCUCCUUCUUCCCUGGGAUGUUAUAAUCCUGUAGUCUCUUACAUAGACUUGUAGAUUGAGUUAUUUCGCCUUUUGAACUAACAUUUGCUGUUUCUCUGAUGCAUUUCCCCUGCCUUGCCCCAGACACAUUCCAUCCUUGGCCAGAUGCUGCAAAUGAGGAGAGGACAGGGACUUCUGCUGUGCUCACCAGUGGUGCUGGAGAUGCUGCUGCAGGGCUAUUGUGGGUUCAGGACAGAUUUAGGAGGUCUGGCGACCCCCUCAGGCAGGCCCUUCGCAUACUUGCUUGCAGCAUGACAAACAGGAAAUGUGUGUGCACCGGUAGUUGAGUGCAACCCAAAAACGGAAAGCUGCCUUGAGUAAGAGAAAAUGACAGCUUGGGUGCGGGGCUGGCAGGUGUGCAGCAGCAACACCCUCGGCGCGGGGCUGAUCUCCGCCUGACCUCAGGGAACCUCACCGCACGGCCAGACAGUGCCCUGAAGCUCAGGGUACAUUUUGGCACGCAGAAAAGUACCCAGCUGUGAGCCAUGGCUGAACACCGGACGGGUGCCAAGGGCCGGCGCAUGGGCUCCAGCCGUCGCAGGCAGCUCUGCAAGGAUCCUGGCCCCAGUGAGGAGCCACCAUGGGCAUCUAAAGUCAUGCAAAGGGUGCAGGACUUCAUCAAGGGGCACCACAAGGACCAGGCAGGGUUCAUCACCCGCUCAGACAUGCAGAAGUUGCAGGAGAAGGACUUCCCAUGCAGCACAAAGGAGCUAGAGCUCCUCUUUGAUGGGCUGGAUGCUGCUGGCACCGGGCGGUUGAACACUGAAGAGUUCAUUGCCGGGCUCUGGCAGUUCCUGAGCUCCCAAAAGGCCAGCAGGGACCAUCGCCAGCGGAAAACAGCAUCGUGGAGGAACUCAAUCCUUGCCAGCCCACUGUUGGAGGGGGUGGACAGUGAGGAGCAGAAACACUUUGCAGCCUUCAUGGACCAGCUGGGGACAGAUGACAUCUCUGAAGAGUGAGCAGCCUGGCUUAGCACCCAUGGGUGUCCUGCAGGAUGGGGCGGAGCUGUCUGAGGUUGGAAUAGGGCAGGAUUUUCCCCCAGUUUGGUCCCCAUACAGGCUGCAAGCACUUAUUCCCAGGUGCAGUGUAGAGCAGGAGCAGGGGACAGGAUCGUGGCCACUGUCAGGACCACAUGUCCCCAGCAGCAUGUGCUAAAUGAUAUGAGAUGCCAGAGCUGGCAGGGCAUUGGGGGAUGCUUGCUGCCAAAUGCAUCUCUCUCAGCAGGCAGGAGAUCUGGCAGCUCUGGGCCCAGCUCCGGAAGGAUGAGCCCCAGCUCCUGGGCAACCUGGAGGACUUCCUGGCCAAGAUGAAACAGCGUAUCCAAGAAGCCAGGAGCAAGAAGGAGGCCUUGGAGGUGACCUUGAACAAGUGCGUGGCUGAGCACAACCUGGAGGUGCAGCAGCUCUGUGCAGCCAUGGAGCAACAGAUCCAGCAGGAGCAGCAGCGGAUGGAGCAGGAGAGUAUGGCCCGAAGCCACUUGCAUGGCAUGGAGCUGCAACGAGCGCUGGAUGCCAGCGAAAGGGAGGUGCAGCGUUUGGUCGCAGCACAGGUAGAGCUGGAGACACGGUGCCACAGCCUCCGCAGCAUGCAGCAAUCUGCCAGCACUGAAAAGCAGCAGCUGGAAGAGAACAACCGGGUGCUGGAGGAGCAGCUGCAGCACAUCAACCUGCAGCUGCAGCAGACCCAUGGGUGCCUGUGGACCACAUGGGCUGCGGUGGCCCAGGAGCACAUGGAGGAGCUGCAGGACAGAGCAGCGGCAGAGCUGCCUGGUGAGACACCGCCAUCUCUGCAGAUGAGUCCAGAGCAGAGUGAGAAGUACUGCUCGGAGAUGCAGAUCCAGCUGGGGUCCCAAGCUGGCAAGCCACAACGCAAAAACACCCACCAAGUGGUUUGGGAAAAGCUGCCAGCAGAAACAAGCAAUUCAGGACUGCCAAGAGCACUCUCUGUAGAAGAGGACCCUUUCCCUGAAUUUUUGAAAGAGGAACAGUUUUCUGACCAAGGUUCUUUGCUAAGAGAGAUGAAUGAUGCAAUAGCAGCUCUGAGCAAGCAGCUGAAGCCACAGGCACCAGCUGCACCCACCACACUGGCAGAAGCUGCCUGUUGCCUGCAAGAUUAUGCUGAGCCCCAAACAGGACCAGAGGCAGCAGCACUGCAUGGCUCAGCCACUGGAGCCCCACAGGAUACCCACAUCGGUCACAAGCUGUUCAAAGAAGACCUGAGAGAGGGACGAACUGCAGCUGAGCUUCCUGCUCGGGACAUGACACAGGCCGGUGCGUCCACUGAAGAGCUGGGGGCAGAGCAGGGAAACAGCCUGGAGGGAGCAGGACAGGACCUGGAGGAGGUGCAAGGGACAUUAUUUGGUAAGGGAAAGGGUGCUGAUGAGAAGGAGCAGAUGCUAAAGGAGGCCGAGUGUCCACAAGGUGCAUUCAGAGAGAGCACAGAGACAGCUGAGCGGGCAUGGGUGGAGGUGGAAGGAGCAGAAAGGGUGCACAAAAAAACAGAGCAGGUAAAAGCACAGCCAUCAGGAGAUGCUGAAGAAGCAGUGUUAAGCCAGGGAGAAAACUUGGAGGCAAUCCCCAAGGGUUGGGAACUGGAGCUUGCACCAGGUUGGGGCCUUGCCAGAGAUGUACUUGAGGUGCCAGGAGGGUGCCUGGAGCUGGAGCUGAUUUGCAGAGGUGAGGUGCAAAUGGCAGCAAAGCAGGAAGACAGUGUCCUGCCAGGGGUCACAACAGUUCCCAACCCCAAAAAUGUAGAUGGGGAAGGUGAUGGUGCAGAGGUGCAGUCAUGGGGACAGGACAAAAGAACAGUGCAGGUAGGUGCAGACCCAGCUCAGGUGCAUGGAGCAAAGCAUGGUAGGAGUCGUGGAGCAGCCUGUGAGCUCCCAGCUGAGGCUGCAGAGGAGGAAAGGGGUGCAGGAGAGGCAAUGCAGGGAUGGCAAGGUGAUGCUGGGCUACAGCCCAGUGGGGAAGAUUUUGGGGACAGGAAGGAAGGGACUGCACAUGCACACGUGCUACAGCUAGAGGCUGUGCCACAAGCUGAAACACAGGAAGGGGCAGUGGUGGCAGAUGUGCAACAGCUGGAGGCCCUGAGCAAUGCUGCCAGUGUGCAGCUGCUUGCAGAGCUGGGGGAGCUUGAGGCAAGCCUAGGAGGGAGCCCGGAGGCAGAGCUGCAGCACCGAAGUGUUGCUGGUGCCCCAGGUAUAGAGCAGGCAGAGAGCAUGGGGCCAGAUGUACAACCCCUGGAGGAGGCUGGUAGAGCAGAGCCAGGGCUGGAGGAGAGAACCAGUGCUGCUGCAGUGCUUGGUGAGGGCCUUUCCCCAGCAGAAACCCCUGUGGGGAGCCAAGUCCCUGAUGGACUGGUCCAAGAUAAUGCUCAAGAAUUGAAAUUGAAAGAGGCAGAGUCAUUUGAGCAGGUGGAGGAAUUCUUAUCAACCCCUGGAGGGAGCACGUGGGCUUACCUGCAGCCCCUGGUUGCAACAGGGACUGGGGAAGUGGCACAGAGCCAGGCUGUGGCUUUGGAAGCGGGGCUGUGCACAACUCACAACACAAAUGCAUGGGAUGGGGAUACUGUGGCUGCUUUGCAUCCUGAGUAUGCUUCUGCCGCUGAACAUCCUUAUCCAGAUGUAAUACUGGUAGCACUUAAUGAUCCAGAUGAGCAGGUCCUGGAAGAAAACCAAGCUCUGGAAAUUUUCCAGGAAGAGAGUGCUGAUGCAAAGAGGAGGCCUCUGGAUGGAGCUCAAGGUCUGGAAGUUGUGCAGGGAGCUAGAUUAGGGGCAGAGCCAAGGAUCUUAGUUGAAGUUCAGCAUUUAGAACUAAAGCAGGGCCAUGAUACCAAUGCAGUCAUACUGGCGUCCCCUGUUUCUGAGGUGCCUCUACAAAUUAGCACUCUAAGUUGUGAUACAGUGAUGCAGGAGGAUGUUCUCAUUCCAGAUGUGCAAUGGCUAGGUGGUUCGGGACAGGCAACCCAAAGUGAGUUCCUGGAGCAGGUCUCAUCACAGACAGACAAGGUGAGGCUUCCUGCUGCUCCCCAGCAGCCACAGGAGAAACCACCAUGUGUGACAGAAACCAAGCAAGUAGCUGCUGGACCUUCCGAGCCUCCAAAACAAGAGGUGCCACCAGUGUCAGCCUUUUGCACAAGGGUCCAAGAGGAGGAAGAUACUGGGAAUGAUCUGCUGGGGAUGAAUCUCAGAGACAGCACACUGGUGGAUGCAGCCAACAGCAGGGUGCAGCCUCAAAGGCAUCUCUCAGGAGAGUGGAGGGAAGACCUUGAUGUUGGCCAAACAGAGAAGAAAAAAGAGAUUGGGCAGAUAAUGAGCCACGAAGGUGAGCCCAGCCCAGGAGAGCCUGGAGCUAUGAUUGUGAAUGGAGCAGGAGCUUCCCUAAGGGGCUCUUCUGAAGUCUCCCUGGACCCAGACCACUUGUACAACGUGCUGUUUGUUGGCGAUUCCCAUGUGGGCAAAACAUCCUUUCUGUACCGGUUGCAUGCCAACACCUUCAACCCACACCUCAGUGCCACAGUAGGACUGGAUUAUCAGGUGAAAAGCCUCAUCGUGGACAACAAGCACUUUGCUCUCCGCCUAUGGGACUCAGCUGGGCAGGAAAGGUACCACAGCAUCACCAAGCAGUUCUUCCGGAAAGCAGACGGGGUGGUGCUGAUGUACGACAUAACGUCGCAGUACUCCUUCGCAGAUGUGCGCUACUGGCUCAGUUGCAUUCAGGAGGGAGCAGAGGGUGGAGUCACUAUUCUGCUUCUUGGGAACAAAACGGACUGUGCUACAGAGAGACAGGUCCCUACUCAAGAGGCGGAACGCUUGGCUGAGGAGUAUCAGCUCAUAUUUUAUGAAUGCAGCGCUGCCUCAGGCCACAACGUUGCUGAGUCCAUGGUCAGCCUAAUCAGGUCACUCAAAGUUCGUGAAGAUCAAUUGAGAAAUAAGGCAGAAGAGGUACCAAAGCUGCCUCAGAAGAAAAAGGGCUGCUGCUGAUGAUGAACUGAGUUUCUGGUGUGGUCUGAAACUGCUGUGGCAGAAAAGCAAAAAAAAAAAAAAAAAAAAAAAAAGUUCUUGACCACCAGCCUUGCUCCCUGUGUGCCUGUUUUGCCUGAGCUCCCUUGAUGCUGAGGGCAAAAAAUGCUACAGAGGAGAGGGCUGUUGUCUGUCUUGCUCCGUGCUCAUCUCUUUCUUCUAUUGCCAGUCACCAGAGAGCAGCAGCUCUCCAAGAGACUUAAUGGGAAACUGCACUACCUUCACUUCAAGACCAAAACUGGGCUAAUGAAGGAGGCAGAAAGGAACCCAUCUGGAUCCAAGAUACUGGAACCAUCCUGGAAGCAGCAGGCAGCAAAACCCAGUCUCAGGAUAAAAGAAAUGAGUACAGGGAGUCAGCAGAAAGUUUAAGGCCAUUUGUGCUGCUGUGCAGUGGGGACUUUGGCUCUGUCUUUACAACCUGGUCAGAUUUGGUUUGGACCAAUGAAACAUGCUGUAUAUCCUAGGUGCACUGUGUAAGUCUCUCUAACUUGGCAAGGCAAAGCUGUUUUUCCCUCUUUUGCCGUUUACCAUGGCAGUGAUAAACAAUCGUUCCUGACUGAAAAAUAUUUUAAAAAUUGAUCAAAAUACAUUGAAAAGCCCCAAGAGCAAGUCUGGGAUAACAGAAAGGGCACUGAAGUGAUGGGGUGGUGAGGUAUAUAGACAGAGAAAUGCUAAUGAGUCCUUGUUUCACUGCAGUGCACCCAGAGCAUAGUCUUACACUUUCACAGCAAACCCUCAGUAUGGGCAGGGAAAAGUGAGCUUCUGCACCCUGCCCUUUAAAAGUGAUACUUCUGAUGAAGUACUGAAUCUCAUUGUGACAUAUAAAAAAGGUACCUAUCACAAUUUCAUUUUUUUUAACAGCUUGAUGCAGAUAACUAUAUUUUUGGCAGAGAGGCAUAUAGACUAAAUAGAUAAGAAUACAAGUGUUAACAUUUUCAUGUUUUUAUAUAUU